GUGUGUAUAUGUAUAGGUAUAUGUAUAUUUUAGUUCGAUGUUUGAAAACCCCAAAAACUGGUUUUCUUUCUAGUCGCACUCUCGCUCUCGAUUUCAGUCUUUAGUUUCGCUGUGCGAUUCCUCAAUUGGGUUGUUGUAGAGGAUUUUGUAACCAUGGCAACAAAAAGAGUAAAGAGAAACCGUGGAGAAAAAGGGGUACAAAAUGAGCCCGACAUCAUGGCCAAAGACCGAAUAUCACAAUUACCUGAUUCUCUCAUAUAUUAUAUUUUUUCAUUCCUUCCUACCAUUCAUCUUGUUAGAAUGAGUCGUGUUUCAAGGCGUUGGAGACGGAUGUGGGUUUCUACUCCCUUCUUAUAUUCUGAUUGUCAUUUCGAUGAUGUUACUUUCACUAAGAACGUAAAUAGAUCAAGUAUGUUCCUAAAAUUUGUGGGAAACUGUUUGAGAUGUCGAAAGAAAUACAUGCAACCAGACACAUUCAUAAUAAGUUUUAAGCUUCACUCAUAUUAUAAACUCGGACGCCAUGAUGCUCAACUAGUAGAUAAGUGGGUGAGGUUUGCCAUUGAAAGCAAAGUGAAAGAGUUAGAUCUUCGAGUGCAAGAUUACUGUAUUCCUCAGUUUGUUUUUACCGCAAGUUCAUUGACGCAACUGAGGUUUCAUGCUUUGGAGUUUGAGGUCGCUUCACUUUCAAACUCAAGUUCAUUAACUCAGCUUAAAUUAAGACCUUUGAAGUUGGAGGUCCCUUUUCUUUCAAAGUUUCCCCCUUUGAAAGUUCUUUCAUUGAGCUAUGUGGAAUCUAAUUAUGAGUCAUUUCAAAAUCUUAUUUCUGGAUGUCUUAUUAUUGAGGAUUUGCAUUUACAAGACCUAAAUGAAAUUCAUCCUAUGCAUGAAUAUUUGUUGGAUAUAGCGGUUGGAAUGUUUGAUUUCUGGGCUUCCCCUCCUUGAGAGAUUUACUUUAACUUGUUUCCAUGAAGUAAAUAUUAGUAUCCAUAGUCAUAGCCUGAAAUAUUUAUCCCUUGAUGCAUAUGGAGAUAUC